CAUACAGUUGCAGGGUCACGUGUACAGGAUUAGUCUCGUGUGUGUGCAGCACUCGAUUAACUAACUACAAUAAAGUAGAGGAAGACGAUGACAACAUAUUUCCACAACGUAUUACUACUUUAUUACUCGCAAGGAGGCUGCAUCAUGAUCAUAUAAGGACUGCAAAGACAACGCUUGUUGAUCCGACAGGAACUUAAACUCGUCGUAGAAGGCCACCAGUUCACAAAUUGCAAUUAUGAGAUUAAUAAACAUUUUGAUGAAAAAUGUCAACGCGAAAAUCGAACACUACUCCAGGUUUUCACCCUCGCCAAUGUCCAUCCAGCAGUUUCUCGAUUUUGGUAGAGAAAAUGCUUGUGAGAAGACUUCCUAUAUGUUUCUAAGGAAAGAGCUGGCAGUUCGAAUAGCCAACACCUUGCGGGAGGUCACACUAUUGCCAAGCAGCCUAGUCAAUCAACCUUCACUCAAACGAGUGCAGACAUGGUACAUUCAGAGUUUUGAGGAAGUGCUGCAAUUUGAAGACCAAAGCCCAGAAAGUGGUCGCACACUCAACGAUUUCCUGGACACCCUGAACAGGAUACGUAGCCGGCACAAUGACGUGGUGCCCACGGUGGCCCAGGGGGUGAUCGAGUAUAAGGAAGCGCACGGCUUCGAUCCCUUCAUCAGCAACAAUGUACAGUACUUCCUGGACCGCUUCUACACCAACCGCAUCUCCUUCAGGAUGCUGAUGAACCAGCACACACUGCUGUUUGGCGAUACUGCGGCCCAUCCAAAACACAUAGGUGGUAUUGACCCGGCCUGCCACGUGACAGAAGUUGUCAAAGAUGCAUAUGACGUAGCCAAAAUGCUUUGUGAGCAAUAUUACAUGAUGGCACCACAACUGAAGGUUAAAGAAUUCAACAGUAGGGCAGAAGAUAAGCCUGUGCAGGUGGUCUACGUUCCUUCUCAUCUCUUCCACAUGCUCUUUGAACUUUUUAAGAACUCCAUGAGGGCCACGGUGGAGUUACACGAGGACAACAGCAGAGGGCUCCCUCCAGUCAAAUGUCUCGUGACCUUGGGGAAGGAGGACCUGUCAAUAAAGAUCAGUGAUUCGGGUGGUGGAGUUCCCCUGAGGAAAAUUGACCGUCUGUUUAACUACAUGUACUCUUCUGCGCCCACUCCCAAUCUAGAGACCACCCAUACAGCAGCACCUCUGGCUGGAUUUGGCUACGGCCUGCCUAUCUCCAGGCUCUAUGCACGCUACUUCCAGGGCGACCUGAAUCUUUACUCCAUGGAGGGAGUUGGGACAGAUGCAGUCAUAUACCUAAAGGCACUGUCGAGUGAGUCGUUCGAGCGUCUUCCCGUCUUCAACAAGUCGGCAUUGCGACACUACCAGACGGGGCCUGAGGCGGACGACUGGAGCAACCCCACCAGCGGCACUCAAGUGCCCAAGUACAAGUCAAAAUGAGAGGUGCUAAGCUGACUUAUUUAUGCUUUAUAUAUAUUUAAGUUAUUUAUACAGUUGUUUAUGCACUUGUGUUAUGUCACAUGUUACAACAAUACGCACUGCCUGUUUGUUACAGUACAAAAAAUGUGUUGGGUGUUUCAAGUGGAUAAGAAUGCUAAACCUGGAGAGCCAGGUUAUAGAAUGCUGCCAUAACUAUUAUGAUAAGAGAAGUGUUUUGUUGAAUUUAAAAGGCCAAUGGAUAGCAGGAAGAAAGACUUAACUGCUAUGUCUUACAUUUAAAAAGACACUGAAGUACUGUAUGUUGACAUUUAUGAAAAGUUAGUAAUGGAAAGCUGUGGUAAUGGAAAGAAAGCAUUGUUGUUGAAUUUCUGAUUUCCUGAUAGGCCUACAGCUUUUAUUAUCUGAGUGAGUUUGUUUUGUAUUAUAUUGUCUUGAAUUCUUUUUUGUUUGUCUGAACGCACAUUGAAAAAAAGUGGCUCUAACUCUACCAAAGCCUUAGUUGCAAACAAUGUUUUAUAACCUACGGUAUUUUAAGUGUUGUGAUGACUGGAACAGGCAUGUGUUCUAGUAAAUUUUGAUAUACUGCUGAAGCUACAUUGAACUUUAGAGCUGUUACAGUGCGCGAAUGUACACAGUAUAAUGUUACAGUAUGUACAGCAUGUGUAUGCUCCAUUUGUCUUUUACAUGGCACAGUGUUAUUUUUUGUCAGCAAACAUGUUUGGGCUGUUACAUUGUCAACAAUAAAUCGGUUGGUUCACUGAAACGGUAA